CAAAAGGAGUGCUGGACCAGUGCUCAGCGGACCUUCGUACACUGGGCCAGUCGCCGGGGAUGGCUGGCCGUGCUGAACCUCAUGCGUCGAGGAGGAGUUGGGGUGGACGAAUUGAACGCGUGCCACGAGGGUCUCACGGCUUUCCAGUAUGCCAAGCGAUACGGCGUCUCGCGGAUAGUCAACGAAAUGAAAUUCCGCUAUGGAGACCUGGUGCAAGACCAGGACACCGUCGUGAUUCCAAGGACCCCCGGGCUCACCGCCAACGACGAGAUCGACUUCGUUCUCAAUCAACAAAACACCAACAGGAAGGUCAUUAUUGCGUCUGCUGCUGCUGCUGAUGUAGAGAAUGAUGCCCCGUCGUCGUCGACACCCACAAAUACUAUUGUCAAACCUGACGACGACGAUAAUGACGAUGCGAUAGUGUUGCCAUUGGCUGCAGGGACGCUGAACGGUGAUGCGACCGAUGAACUCGACCUCGUCGUCGCAUCGGGUCAUCAUCCGGGUUACGGGUCAGCGCCGACGAUGAGUGUGGACUCGUCUUCCCGAUCCUCGAGUGCG